AUGGCCGAGCCUGGAGUCAAACCGGAAGCCGGUGAACCGAGUACCUCACCGGCGCUCCCCGAGGUACAGCCAAAGCCCGACGAGCAAGCUAUUUUAUCCCUAAUCAAAGAAGUGAAACAAGAACUCCAAGACGACCCAAGAGAGAUCAAUAGGACUCGCUUCCCGCGCGCCCUCUACAAAACACCCUCAGCUCCUCGUGCGGACACCAGCCGUGGCCCCGGAAGUUCCGAAGCCAAUACUUCUCACCGCUCGCGGGGUUCUUCUGCUCAGAUUCAGAGCAGCCCGUUAAGUUCUUCCAGAGAUCGCCUCAUGGAAGUACAACUACGCCUCCGUCGGGAACGCGAUGCCCGCACCGGCCCCCGUGGCCCGACCGGGGCCGGGGCUGGGCAACUAACCGCGUCGAGGGGCGGUCGAGGCACAGGCAGGCCAGAUCUGUAUCCGGCGCCCGGCUGGCAAACCUCUGCCAAUAGCAAUUCUUAUAGACCCUAUCGCAAUGGCCAAUCUGGCCCUUAUUCGAGUGUUGUGGAGCGCCUAUCGAGAGAGUGCCAGAUGCGCCAUUUCAACCUGGAGUGGCAAUUUCAAACGUUUCGAAGCGGAAAAUUCACAUGCCACGUGAAGCUGCGCGAUUAUAUCGUUAUGGGCAACGGGGAGUACAAAUGCAGACAGACCGCAAAGGCGGCAGUCGCCCGCAGAGCUCUCGCCGUUGUUCAAGCUUGGCCUCUCGAUAGUUACUGGCCGGAGCCAACUUAUAUGCCGGCCAGAUCACAAGCCCAUAUGGAAGUAUUUCGGGAGGGCCGGAGCGGUCCGAUCGUAAAACAAGAGGGCCCCUCCCUGAUGAGCGCCCCGGGCCAUGGUGCCUUGACAGUCAUGGCUCCCGAGCGCAUGCGAUCCGAACAGCAGGCCGCCGUACUCGGCCAAAUGGGUAGAGCCAUGGGCAUUCCGGCCCCCGAGUCGUCAAGGACCAAUUUGGAGGCGACGCAGGCAUUUCUUGAGGGCGUGGCUGUGGGCACUCGUCUCGCUGGCGCAGGCGUCUCGGGGUUCUCUAUGCGGGACAGAUCCCGGUCACCGGCCAACUUCGGGCGCCCCUCCCCGAGCGCCUACCGGGCCCGUUCAUCGACUCGCGAGAAUGGGAGGCUGAACUCGUAUCCACAAAACCGCCGGCCGGCUAUGUCUCCUAGCCGCUUGCCUGCUCGUGAGCAUGGUAGGCUGACCCCGCCCUCUGUGCACGACCGGUGGGUGCAUGACCGAUACCGGGAUGAUAGCCGGCCUACGCGCAACUAG